AUGGUCGAGCGGUAUAACGCCCUGCCCCCAUCCCCCAACAGGGCAUACAAGAACCUCACCCCAAAGACCCGCCUGGGCUUCGGCGUCGCGGUCCUAGCCUGGGGCGGCGCAGGUCUCUACUACUCCGACCGGGCCGAGGAGAAGUACCAGCCGACGCCCGAGGAAAAGGCCGUCGUCGACAAGUACGUGCCCAAGGUCACCGUCGUCGACAGGUCCUGA